GGAGAGCGAGAGAGAGGGAGAGAGAAAGAGAGAAAGAGGGAGAGAGAGAGAGAGAGAGGGGGGAGAGAGAGAGAGAGAGAAAAAAAGGAGCUCCACGGACAGAAGGACCAGUUCUCACAUAGUAAACAAGUACACAAAUACAUGUGUUUUUCAGCAGACAUUGACAACAACAGCACUAUCUAGACCUUAGCCCCCCCCACGGCCGACCCGCCCCGCCUGGAGCCACGCCCUUCGCUGCAACCAACCACUGCUCACGUAGAGCCUGGAAGGCAGGGGAGCCACGGCCGGGAUUUCAUGGCAACAGCACCCUAGGGCUGCCAUGGCAGCUGCUGCCGCGGAUGCCCCACGCCAUAUUACCGCACUGACGCCGGAGGACGAGGAAGGAAGAGCCGCUGCCAAGCUGUACGGAGGCACUACCCUGCCACGGACAGAGAGAGAGAGAGAACGAGAGAGGGAAGAGCGAGCCAGUGGGAACGAGUGUUUGGUGUGUGGGACUUGGUUUGGUUCCCAGGAUAAACUUCGGCUUCACUCUUUCUGUCACACGGGAGAGAAACCCUUCCACUGCUCCCAGCCACACUGCCCUAAGGCCUUCAGCUCCAAAUAUAAACUGUUCAGGCAUAUGGCCACACACUCUCCGCAGAAAACUCACCAGUGCUCGUUCUGCGAGAAAAUGUUUCACCGCAAAGAUCACCUGAAGAACCACCUGCAGACCCAUGACCCCAACAAAGAGGCCUUCAAGUGUGAGGAAUGUGGCAAGCACUACAACACCAAGCUGGGCUACAAGCGUCAUGUGGCCAUGCAUUCAGCCACGGCUGGGGACCUCACCUGUAAGGUGUGCCUGCAGAGCUACGAGAGUACCCCUGCCCUGAUGGAGCAUCUCAAGAGCCACUCGGGCAAGUCCUCCGGAGGUGCCAAGGAGAAGAAGCACCCGUGUGACCACUGUGACCGCCGCUUCUACACACGGAAGGACGUGCGUCGCCACAUGGUGGUCCACACUGGCCGAAAGGACUUCCUGUGUCAGUACUGCGCCCAGCGCUUCGGCAGGAAGGACCACCUGACACGGCAUGUGAAGAAGAGCCACUCUCAGGAGCUGCUGAAGAUAAAGACUGAGCCUCCGGACAUGCUAGGCCUGCUGGGCUCUGGCUCCUCCCCCUGCACUGUCAAAGAGGAGCUCAGCCCCAUGAUGUGCAGCAUGGGUUCCAACAAAGACCCCAUGCUGGCCAAGCCAUUCCCCAGUGGCACCUCCUUCCCCAUGGGCAUGUACAACCCCCACCACCUCCAGGCCAUGUCCAACCCUGGGGUGGGCCACCACCACUCUCUGAUGCCUGGUUCCUUGUCCACUGCCAUGGGGAUGGGCUGCCACAUGGAGCCCCCCAUCCACCACCCCCAUCACCCGCACCACCACCACCACCACCACUACCAUCACCACCACAUCCAACACUCCCCCCCGCUGCCCCACCUGCAGCAGCCCCAACAGCACCAGCAGCAACAGCACGCCCAGCCUCCACCCAAGUACCAGCUGGGAUCUACCUCAUACCUGCUGGACAAGCCCCUCAAAGUGGAGAUGGAGAGCUUUCUCAUGGAUCUGCAGAGUGGGCUGCCGGGCCACCACUCAGGCGAUCAUCAGCAUGCUGCUGCCUCACCCCCCAAGGAGGGACUAGAGCACCCCUCAGGCUUGACAGACGAGCUGUGUGGUGACCCCCUCCUGUCCAAGAGCCCUGCUGUCAUCGCUGAGGCUCUGUGCGCUGCUAACAUGGACAUCUCUCACCUACUGGGCUUCCUGCCCCUCAACCUGCCCCCCAACCUGCCCCCCUACAACGCCUCCAUGAGCACAGCAGGGCUUGUCAUGAGCUACACCUCGUCUACCCCUGCCUCCUCCUCUUCCUCCUCUUCGUCAUCCUCAUCCUUGCAUGCUGCCGAGACACACGCCGUUGCCACGGCUGCAGCCGCACCUCUUACCUCUUUGCAACCUCAACCUCAGGAGCAGCAUGGCUCCAGCGAGGGCCUGGGUCUAGGGCCCCUGCACCCUCUCCCGCCAGUGUUUAGCUCCAGCCUCAGCACGACCACCCUGCCUCGCUUUCACCAGGCCUUCCAAUGAGGGGCCACCAGGCCACCAUGAGGGGCCAUCAGGUCCCUACGCCUUCAUCCUCAGCUCACUGCCUGGGCGCUCAAGGUCCAUGGGGCCUGCUGGCCGCAAGGGCAAUGAUAAAAACACAUGAACACUUAGAAGCCUUAAUCGAAUCACACAAAAGCUUUUGAUUGAGCCCUAGAGAAAACUGAACCCUUAAUUGAAACAAAAGGGAAAAGAUGAGACAUUUUAAAACAAACUUUCUUUCUAUCCUUUAGUUAUAACCUCUCCCACCAACCUAUCUCCCUGAUCCAUGAUCCCCUCUCCCACCAAUGUAUCUCCCUGAUCCAUGAUCCCCUCUCCCACCAACCUAUCUCCCUGAUCCAUGAUCCCCUCUCCCUUUAUUAUGUAGGUAGUAGGCAGUAGGCCUUCAGUAGGCCUUCAGUAGGUCUUCAGUAGGUCUUCAGUAGGCCUUCAGUAGGCCUUCAGUAGGUCUUCAGUAGGCCUUCAGUAGGCCUUCAGUUGGUCUUCAGUAGGUCUUCAGUAGGCCUUCAGUAGGCCUUCAGUAGGUCUUCAUUAGGCCUUCAGUAGGCCUUCAGUAGGUCUUCAGUAGGCCUUCAUUAGGCCUUCAGUAGACCUUCAUUAGGCCUUCAGUAGGCCUUCAGUAGACCUUCAUUAGGCCUUCAGUAGGCCUUCAGUAGGCCUUCAUUAGGCCUUCAGUAGGCCUUCAGUAGGUACCGCUACUUUAUAAAGUAAUAAUAUUAGGAAAAAUAAUCAAAGAUUAAUUUUAGAGAAGAUGUUUUGAAGUGGAUGAAAUAUAAUUUUCUUGCUUUUCCAAAUGUGACUGAACAUGCUAGAUUAUCUCUCCUAUGAGUGUAAAGGUCUGAACCACCUGCCCAGAAACACACCCUGUCUGUCAUCAUCACCGUCAGGGGGAAAACACACCCUGUCUGUCAUCAUCACCAUCAGGGGGAAAAUACACCCUGUCUGUCAUCAUCACCAUCAGGGGGAAAAUACACCCUGUCUGUCAUCAUCACCGUCAGGGGAAAACACACCCUGUCUGUCAUCAUCACCGUCAGGGGGAAUAUACACCCUGUUUGUCAUCAUCACCGUCAGGUGAAAACACACCCUGUCUGUCAUCAUCACCGUCAGGGGGAAAAUACACCCUGUCUGCCAUCAUCACCAUCAGGGGGAAAACACACCCCGUCUGUCAUCAUCACCGUCAGGGGGAAAAUACACCCUGUCUGUCAUCAUCACCGUCAGGGGAAAACACACCCUGUCUGUCAUCAUCACCGUCAGGGGGAAAAAACACCCUGUCUGUCAUCAUCACCGUCAGGGGGAAAAUACACCCUGUCUGUCAUCAUCACCAUCAGGGGAAAAACACACCCUGUCUGUCAUCAUCACCGUCAGGGGGAAAAUACACCCUGUCUGUCAUCAUCACUGUCAGGGGGAAGAUUAAUGAAGGAAUGAAGUGAUAAUGCCCCGCCAACAUUGCCCUCAUCCAAUAGGCCAACAUUGCCCUCCUCCAAUAGGCCAACAUUGCCCUCCUCCAAUAGGCCAACAUUGCCCUCAUCCAAUAGGCCAACAUUGCCCUCCUCCAAUAGGCCAACAUUGCCCUCCUCCAAUAGGCCAACAUUGCCCUCCUCCAAUAGGCCAACAUUGCCCUCCUCCAAUAGGCCAACAUUGCCCUCCUCCAAUAGGCCAACAUUGCCCUCAUCCAAUAGGCCAACAGUGCCCUCAUCCAAUAGGCCAACAUUGCCCUCCUCCAAUAGGCCAACAUUGCCCUCCUCCAAUAGGCCAACAUUGCCCUCAUCCAAUAGGCUACAACCACACUAAAAAUAUCUCAGAGAAAGACUCGAACAACUGAUUAAUGUUAUGACUCAUAGAGGCAGAUCAUUUGUCCAGAAAGUAUGAUAACCAACGCUGCCAAACACAGCAAUCAGUGGCGCCCACAUAUUUAAUGACAAAGAUAUGUGAAAACAUCUGAGUCGGUAGAAAACAUGCCAAGUCAUGCCGGUUUUAUCUGGUUUUUCUAGAGAAGCAUUUUAUUUUAUUUUUUUGGCAGAAGGCUCUUCCCCUUUAAGAAUCCCUUUGGCUAGCUAUCAGUGAUGAUGACCCUAUAUGGGGAAGGCUCUUCCCCUUUAAGAAUCCCUUUGGCUAGCUAUCAGUGAUGAUGACCCUAUAUGGGGAAGGCUCUUCACCUUUAAGAAUCCCUUUGGCUAGCUCUCAGUGAUGAUGACCUUAUAUGGGGAAGGCUCUUCCCCUUUAAGAAUCCCUUUGGCUAGCUCUCAGUGAUGAUGACCCUAUAUGGGGAAGGCUCUUCCCCUUUAAGAAUCCCUUUGGCUAGCUCUCAGUGAUGAUGACCUUAUAUGGGGAAGGCUCUUCCCCUUUAAGAAUCCCUUUGGCUAGCUCUCAGUGAUGAUGACCUUAUAUGGGGAAGGCUCUUCCCCUUUAAGAAUCCCUUUGGCUAGCUCUCAGUGAUGAUGACCUUAUAUGGGGAAGGCUCUUCCCCUUUAAGAAUCCCUUUGGCUAGCUCUCAGUGAUGAUGACCCUAUAUGGGGAAAAAACCCAACUUGUAAAAGCUGCUCUUGAAAACAGGUCAUUACCAGUAUUUGACUCAUGAUGAUGUUCCUUCCUUCAACUGUCUUCCUUCCAGUAUUUGUUUUAAGAAGUCUCCAUGGUAACAAUAUGCCACACAUUACUGAUAUGUAUUUUUUUGUUGUUGUUGAUGAAAACAAAUAUAUUUUCUCUCUGUUAGAGAUGCAUGGUAAUAACCACCCUGACAUAUGUGAAUAGCAAACAAAAAUGACAACGACGACAUUGAGGAAAAGGUGUAAGAGAAUGUUAUUGCAGUGUACAAAAUAUCUCAUCAAAAAUGAA